AAUUACUUAACGCGUGGGUGUCACGGCAGCGAUACCGCGCUGUCUGGAUAUCUAGGUGGGUCGCGACCCCUGCGUGUCGCCACACACCGCGCCCACUGCGUCAUGACUAAUGUGAUUGUUUUGUGACCGGGAGUGGACACCAGACAAUAUUUAGUUGUGAACUUUCUGCCGCCUAGACAACAUGCAAUUUGCUGUAGUAGUGUUGCUACUAAUAACGACUGGGGUGACAGCACGUAGUCAUGGCCACGCUCGGCACGGGACCACGCACCACUAUCCGCAUUCUACCGGGUACUCUGGCUACGGUACCGGCGGUUCGCACACCUACCCUCACUCCCCUGGGAUGUCCGGCAACACCAACCGCGGGAACGUGCAACAAACAUACUACCAGCAACACAACACCGUGCAGAAUAGCUACAGACCGAAGACGGAAGUCCAUCACCACUACCACUACAGCCCGCCACAGCAGAUAAGCUACGGAUCUACAUACCACCCCGUGUAUCAAGGACACCCGCCCGUCUACGUUUACGAGUACCGAGACUCCGGUAGCAGAUUUGAUACAUUGCUGACCGGACUGGCGCUGUACAACUUGGGCCGCAACAGUCAUAGUCACAGCCACUACUCAGACAGACAGUACACUGGGAGCCCGGGCGAGACGUGCAGACUGGGUAUAAGCAAACGAAACGGAGAGUACGAAGAAACGCGCAUUGACUGCAAUCUGAUGUCGAGUUUCAUUUGGGAGGAUACUUCUCACAGCUCUGGUUCCACUAGCACCGGCCAACAAGUCAUAAAGAACACGACCGAAGUAAAAGUGACGCAAACUGUGAAUGGAUUGGGGAACAGCUCUUCAGUAACAACAGUGACUAAAAGUGAAACAGUAGUGGACGCCCUAAAAGUGAAGGGCCCUUCUAUAGCGGUGACUCCCGGCAUGACUUGUUACAUGAUCAGGAGUUUCAGAGACACCACUGUUUUGCGGAAACCUGUAGAUUGUGGAUUGUUGCAAGAGUACGCUCGAAGUUCAUUAUAUCGGAAUAGUGGGCAGUGUAAUAUGCCUAGUACGAGGAUAGUUCUAUAUUUCCUUAUAAUAUAUUUAGUGAUAUAUUUUAAGGUAAAUUAAUCCCUAAUAGCAACUUCGUCUGGACUUUUUAUCAUUUUAAGUGUCCUUUCGUAAUUUUGUAUAAACUUUAAUAUCAGCUUCCAUAAUAAAGUGAUCAUCAAAUCUACGUUUCAGAUAGAUAGGUCGUAUCGUGUUUGGUUAAGGCUUGAGUCUGUUACAUUUUAAUAUUUUGUAACGAAGGUUUUCUUUCUAGGUAUUGUUUAAUUAGUUGGUCUAGAAACACGAUGGGUAACACAAUAUUUGCCUAUUAAACUUAGACACUUCAAACUGAGGCAGCAUGUCUUUUAUUUAUCUAUUUUUAGUAACUGAUAUUUUGUAAAAAAUAAAUCUAUAAGUAAUUA